AUGGCUAACGACGACGACCACGACCGCGCCAUCGACAUCCACUCAUUCCUGGAACAAAGCAGCGCCUUAACGCCCAGCAUUCCGGCGACGCGGGCGAACGUGACCUGCUGCUGUGGUAACGAGGCCUGCGCGUACCUCAAGCACAACCAGAGCGCCCUCGACGGCUUGGAACGAGAUGUGUGUACUGCCGCCCAGCUGGGCAAGGCGCUUUUGAUGCGACAUGAGGCAUACAUCGCCGACUCUGAAAAAGAACGCAAGGCUAUGACCGCGCACAUCGAGAUGUUGGAAACGGAGAAGAAGGAACUGGAGCAGAAGAAUGCGAACGCCAUCGAAGAGAACCGUAAUCUACUGGACCAGCUGGAGAAUCUCAAUGGCGCCGUAGCCGAAUCAGAUACACAGGUCACGAAUCUACAGGCGACUCUACGAUCGACGCAGCAGGAACUACAGAAGCUGUCUUACCUCGCUGCCCGAACAGAGAAGUUGGAGCAACAAUUGGUAGAGUUUGAGAGGGAGCAGGUUUCCUGGCAUUCUACACUGGAAGAGAAAGAGACUGCCAAGAAGUCCGCGCUCAGAAGAUGGCAGCAGGCCGAGCGUACGCUUGCUGAUCUGCAGGAUGAGAUGGAGCGUAUUGAGAAAGAAGCAAAGGAAGAAAAGGAACGGCAUGUGGAGGUCGUAGGCCGCAUGGAACGGAGACACGCCGUGGAGAGGGAACUAGACUCGGCGGCUGGCAGGCUCAAAGGUGCGGCAGCCUUGAAGAAUGGAACUACAGAGGGCAGUGGCCCGAAUGUCGUGUCCCACUUCGUGAAAGACAUUCUGCAGGACAAUGCGAAUCUCCAGAUGGGCAUCGUCGAGCUGCGUGAUAUGCUGCAUACUUCCAACGAAGAGGUUGAGACCUUGAGGAAACAGCUUUCCCUUCACCAGCCUGUCGUCACUGAGGCGGACAUUGAACAACCAACUCCGACACCAGCUGCCCGGCCACACCUUAAGGAGGAGAUGAGAAGGGCGACUGCUUCCGAGCUACACGUCCAUCACCAUUAUCAUGCACCUUCUUCAGCUCCAAAGACCGCUUUACGAAAGCCCAAGAAGAAACGAUACGGCGCUCUCACCCCUGGCCACUUCACUCCUCCCUCUGGUGCCAGCACUCCACGACACUCAUUUUCGCCUGGCACGCCGUCCGCAGCAUCUGCCAUUCUCUCAUCGACCGCUGCCAGUCUGCCCGAGAACGUAUCCAAGAGACUGUCCAUUCAGUCGAAUCAAACUUACAACUCGAUGCGCGAGUUCUCAGGCCCAAGCUCGCCUAUGUCCACGCACCGCUCGUCUUCACUCUUCGACCGGGUCUUCAGCGAUGCUGGUCAAGAUUCUUCAAGGCCCAGUACACCCGAAACCGAAGAGCCCAGCUCACCAGUCUGGGCUACAUCUCUCACAAAACGCUCAUCGAAAGCUUCAUACCAUUCGCAGCAACCAUCAACAUCCUCUCACAAGAACAGACCUUCACUCGACUCUAUCUUGGAUAUGAGUACCGAGAACCUACGACAAUUUGAACAGCAACAAACAGCUGAGGCAGUCAUUCCCGAGGAGGAUGAACGAGAAUGGGAAAACACCAGUUCAUCGCCGAACGACGAAGAGUCGAGCGCAACCUCUCCGCUCUCUGAAGAGCUGGAGCAAGCCUUCCAGAAACGGCCCGGUCUACUCAGACGUGCGACGUCUCACGAGUCGAUUCUUUCAUUCUCUGGCAUGGACAUUCACACACUCAAAUCAAGGCCGUCCCAAUUGUUGACGCCCUACGGUCGUUCGUUCACACCUCAGGCAUCACUGACCAGCGCCACUGCUGUCGCAUCACGACCUGCCGCCAUAUCAAGGCCGUCACAUAGCGGCGCUAGUAUCCUGAGUGGCAUGGCACCUUCUCCGCGUCAUCCCUCAGAGCCUCGACAAUCAGGCACGAAGCCGGGCUUGGGUAGCAAGGUCGGAGGCUGGGUAUUUGGUCGAUGGGGAGCUUCCCCCACCCCAUCAGUGACGGGAGACCCUGACACAACACCGACUGCUCCAAAGAUGAACCGCACAACCAGCGUCGCCUCUGGCAGCACGGCUGCCUCCAGCGAAGCUUCGCAGGACACACCUAGAAAGCCACCGAAGCAGCGACCGCCGGGUAUCAACCAGUCGGGUCCAAUUCUUGGCUUUGCUCCUGAGACGAAGCUCAAUCACCCGCCGAUUGUCAAGACAAUCGACCAUGAUGCUCUGAAGAAAGCUUUAGGUAACUGA